ACAUACUGUAUCACUAACUAUAUCUGGCCAGAAAGAGUCUGGAAGUAUUUGUAUGUAAGAACAUGAACAUGAAAGGUUUGAUCGUCCUGCUUUUCACAAUAUCUGUCAGCCAUGCAGACCCUAGAGGUAAACCAUACCAACGGGAUAAAGUGUGCCAAGAAUAUAAAAUGCUUGGAAAAGAUAAGUUCACUGCCAUAGCGGUCAUCAUGAACAGCAGGAAGUUUUCCAAUGCUACUUUUGAAGAAAUAGAUCACCUAGUGAAAGCCAUAGUUUCACUGGCAGAGACAUGUUGUUCCGAAGGAGUUGCUGAAAAAACCUCUACUCUUUGUUAUGACAGUAAGGCAUCUUCCUUGUCAGAAAAAUCAUGCGACCCAAAGUCUCCAUUCCCUAAGCAUCCUGGUGUUGCCAGUUGUUGUGUUCACAAGGGUCUUGAGAGAAAACUUUGUUUAGCAGAUUUAAAGCAACCUCCAAAGGAAUUUCCAACAUAUGUGGAACCAUCUAAUGAAGAACUGUGUAGCUCCUUCAGGACUAAUCCACAGAUAUUUUCUUGGAGAUUUCUGUACGAAUACUCCAGUAAUUUUGCACAUACUCCAUUACUUGUUGUCCUAAACUCCACAGAAAACUACUUAAAUAUGAUAAAAGAAUGCUGUACAGCUAAAAAGCCCACACCAUGUUUUCUAAAUCAGAGACUACAAAGGCACCCAGUCCAUUUACUUACAGUGAUGUCCAACAGGCUAUGUUCCCGGUUCUCCAGUUAUGGUGCAGAAAAAUUGAAGUUCAGCGGUGCAGUUAUGUUCGGCCAAAAGGUACCCUCGGCUGAAUUUAAAGAUGUGACGCCAAUUGUAGAUCAGGGCACUCGGGUGCUUUCUAAAUGUUGUGGAUCCCUUACUGAUAACUGCAUUGAGAAAGAGCUAUCAGUGCAUAUUCAGCAAGUAUGUAAGAAACUAUCAAAAGAUGCCAGAGUUGCCGAAUGCUGUAAGAAGCCAUCCGUGGACACCCUCCAUUGUCUACAUUCCAUGCCGGCUGCUGAGGCCAUUACGCUUCCAAAACUCCAACUGCCAACCAGUGAUCAAUUAUGCAAGAAAGGCAGAAACCGGGAGCUUGAGAAGUACAUGUUUGAGUUAGCGAGAAGAAACACUAAGCUGCCAGAAGUCUUUGUUGAUAAGCUGUAUGAGUCUGUGGCAGACGUUGUGAAGAAAUGCUGCAGUUCUGAAAAUGCUAAUUCCUGCCUAGAAGAGAAGAAAUUACAGCUGAAUGAAGAAAUGAAAUCAUAUAUAACUGAGAGUAAUGAGCUAUGUGGAGAUUACAAUAAAUAUUCAUUCUCCGACUUCAAGCAAAGGAUAAUUAAAGUUCUCAACAUCAGGUUUCCUAAACUUACAUCAAGCAAGGUGGAAGAGUUAGCAGAACAAAGAGCAAACCUAGCAUCUACGUGCUGUAUAAUAAAUGCACCUCCAGUGUAUUGCAAAGAGAAGAUACCCAAAGUAAUCGGUAAGACAUGUACCCAGGAACCAUGCCUCUUAUAAAAGAGAACUUGGUUUUCAGCCAAUUUCAAAGAACGGAGAAGAUAAAACAUGUUUCAAGAGGGAAACGAGUCCAGUACUACAGAACCUUAGUAUACUGCAAAUCCCACAAAUAUUCUUUCGGACAUAGAGUCUGUGCAUUUAUUUUAGUAAUUAAAAUAAAAUAUGUUAAAGUUA